AUGUCGGGCCGAACGGUGGCUGUUGUCGGUGCUGGUGUGAGCGGUAUAGCCGCUAUCAAAGCCUGUCUCGAGGAAGGACUGCAGCCAGUGUGCUUCGAACAGUUCGAUUAUGUUGGAGGCUUGUGGCGCUACACUAACGAUGUGGUACCGGGACAGGGUGCUGUUGUAUACGACAGUCUACUGACAAACACCAGCAAGUCGAUGACAGCUUUUAGUGACCACCCAUUUCCUGAAGACGCCCCACAAUACCUUCGCCAUGAACAAGUCAGGCAGUACCUCGAAAGUUAUGUGGAGAAAUUUAACCUCCGACAAUUUAUAAAACUACAACAUUUGGUAGAAGAAGUUCGACGUAGUUCCAGGUAUGAUGACGUUGGAUCUUGGUACGUCACUGUCAGAAACCAAACCACAGACGAGCGGAAAACAGACGAAUUUGAUGGCGUAAUUAUUUGUAACGGACGUCAACGGGCACCUGUUUACCCAAACAUUCCAGGAAUGACUAACUUCAUGGGGGAGCAGCUUCAUGCUAUCAAGUACAGAAAUCCAAGAUGUGUUCACCAUAAAAAUGUAUUAAUCAUCGGAAACGCCAACACCGCGGGGGAUAUCGCUGUGGAAGCUUCAAAGGUGGCCAGAUCGGUGGUGCUGAGCACGGGGAGAGGGACAUGGAUUACCCGACGGCUAGGGCCAGGACGACGCCCGCCUCCCGCUGGACUACGCUCUCAGACGUGUUCUCCAUUGUUGCGUGACAGACAUGCGACUUUCUGCGAUGGGAGCCAGAUGGAUGGAAUAGAUAUGGUUAUAUACGCCACUGGAUACAAACUUCAGUGGGAGUUUCUGCCUAGUUCCAUUCUUCCUGCUGACUGGGCCCACCUGAACCUCUACCGGCUGGUGUGGCCUGUGGAUCUCCCCCACCCCACGCUGGCCGUGGUUGGUUCCAGCAGUGUCCGGGGCCCGGUCAUUCCGGUGUACGAGCUCCAGGCCCGUUGGGUGGCUGGAGUUUUGUCUGGCCGUCUCAGCUUACCCCCCACCAACGUCAUGAGAAAAGAGAUCACUCAACGAAAAUGCGUCCUUACGGAGCGCUACGGCUAUCUUAAAGUGUCGGUUGACAGUUUGCCAUACCAGGAUGAGCUAGUUGAGGAAUUAAAUCUGAAGCCCUCUUUUUUCUCCAUGCUCUUAACGUGUCCGUCGGAUAUCAUCAGGUGGUACUUGGGUCCGUCAUUCCCCAUGCUUUACCGGCUAUAUGGCGAGCAUUCCUGGAGCGGUGCUAGAUCAGCCUUGGACAAAGCUUUGGCAAACGCUCGUGCUGACCAGAUGAAAGCAGCCAAGAGACGCAGUGAAAGUGGACGAAAACCGUGA